GCCGGCUCGGCAGCUGCCCGCAGCCGCAGGGAGUCCUCGCCGCGCCUCCGCCCGGUGCGCCCUCCUUGGGCCGCGGACUCCGCACUGCGCUCCACCGCUGACAUGUGUGCCGCCCGAAUGCCGCCCCUGGCGCACAUCUUCCGAGGGACUUUCGUCCACUCCACCUGGACCUGCCCCAUGGAGGUGCUGCGGGAUCACCUCCUUGGUGUGAGCGACAGCGGCAAAAUAGUGUUUUUGGAAGAAGCGUCCCAACAAGAAAAGCUGGCCAAAGAAUGGAGCUUCAAGCCAUGUGAAAUAAGAGAACUGAGCCACCAUGAGUUCUUCAUGCCUGGGCUGGUUGAUACACACAUCCAUGCCCCUCAGUACUCUUUUGCCGGGAGUAACGUAGACUUCCCACUUUUGGAGUGGCUGACCAAGUACACAUUUCCUACAGAACACAAAUUCCAGAGCAUCGACUUUGCUGAAGAAGUAUAUACCAGAGUUGUUAGGAGAACACUAAAGAAUGGAACCACCACAGCUUGUUACUUUGCAACAAUUCACACUGACUCAUCGCUGCUCCUUGCGGAAAUUACAGAUAAAUUCGGGCAGCGGGCAUUUGUGGGCAAAGUCUGCAUGGAUUUGAAUGACACUGUUCCAGAAUACAAGGAAACCACUGAGGAAUCAAUCAAGGAAACAGAGAGAUUUGUGUCAGAAAUGCUCCAAAGGAAUUAUUCUAGAGUGCAGCCCAUAGUGACACCACGUUUUUCCCUUUCCUGCUCUGAGACUUUGUUGGGUGAACUUGGGAACAUCGCGAAGACCCAUGAUUUGCACAUUCAGAGCCAUGUAAGUGAAAAUCGUGAUGAAGUUAAAGCUGUGAAAAACUUAUACCCUGGUUAUAAAAACUACACAGAUGUGUAUGAUAAAAACAAUCUUCUGACAAAUAAGACAGUAAUGGCACAUGGCUGCUACCUUUCUGAAGAAGAACUGGAUGUAUUCAGGGAACGAGGAGCAUCCAUCUCGCAUUGUCCCAAUUCUAACUUAUCGCUCAGCAGCGGCCUUCUCAAUGUGCCAGAGGUCCUGAAACAUGGAGUGAAGAUAGGGCUGGGUACAGAUGUGGCUGGUGGUUAUUCAUCUUCCAUGCUUGAUGCAAUCAGAAGAGCAGUGAUGGUUUCCAACGUGCUUUCAGUUAAUAAGAUAAAUGCGAAAAGCCUCACCCUCAAAGAGGUCUUCAGACUAGCUACUCUUGGAGGCAGCCAAGCCCUCGGGCUGGAUAGACAGAUUGGAAACUUUGAAGUGGGCAAGGAAUUUGAUGCCCUCCUGAUCAACCCCAAAGCAUCUGACUCUCCCAUUGACCUGUUUUAUGGGGAUUUUGUUGGUGAUAUUUCUGAGGCUAUUAUCCAGAAGUUCCUCUAUCUAGGAGAUGACCGAAAUAUUGAAGAGGUGUAUGUGGGUGGAAAGCAGGUGGUUCCCUUUUCGAGCUCAGUGUAAGACCCUCUGCAUC